AUGGACACGGUUAAGGAUGGAGAAGUCUCUAAUCUUUCUACUUCAAAACGUUCAGAAGAGCGUUCCGAAUCAACAAAGCUCUCCAGACCUAUGGAUCUUUUUGAUAAGAUUUUCUGGAUAGUCGUCGGCAAAGAAGGGAGAAUAUUCGGCAUUCACAAGGGACUACUUUGUGAUGUCUCCUCUUUCUUCAAAGACACGUUCAAGAAUAGACUCAGCGCAAGCAGCCAAAUGUUUGAGCCGUUGAGACUCCCAGAGAUAAGCUCAGAUACCUUUGAGAUCUUCAACACCUGGUUGUACACAAGAUCUUUUGAAUGGACCAAAGUCCGUCCUGAGUAUGGAAAACCAUAUCAUUUCAACCACAUAGACUUGGAAUCAAUUGCAAACAUCUAUUUAUUUGCUGACAGCUACGGUAUUCUUGAUUUGAAAGAUCACUGCAUCAAUGUUUUCUUAGAAUGCUAUCGCUUGGGCAAUAUGGACGCUGAGCUUUUCCCGUUCGAAAAGACGCUUUUCCAAAAAUUAUGCGGAAAUCCGUCAAAAUGGUCUUUAGCGAAGAUGCUAUUGGCUGACAUAUUUGUUAAUGACAUCUAUGACGGCCUAUGGAGCUCGAGGAAUUUGAAGCGCGAUAGUCUCCCCGAAUGCUUUUAUUUUGACGUUCUUGAAGCUCAACUUCGAAGACAGGAUUUGGUAAAAAACAACGGCGACCUCGAGUGGGAGGAAAUUUUCGACCCCUGCAAUUAUCAUGAACACGCAGAAAACUCGGAGGAAUGUCGUCGGGUUUCCGAAAAGUUUCCAUUUGCUCCUUUGUCUGCGUUCACAAGCUAUUCAAGUCACGUUAACAUGGACGGUUAA